GUGGGACGGGCCGGGGCGGGCCCGGGGCGAGCCGUGAGCCCCCGGCGGGCGGGGCUGGGCCGGGCCGGGCAGGGCAGCGGCAGCAGCAGCACAGCACGGGCUGACCGGGCGCCGUUUGCUUGGCUCCAGCCGCCGGGCCCCGAUGAGGAGCGGCGCUGCGCUGCCGGACUAACGCGUCGCCCUCCCGCGGGGGCUCGUCUGCCGCCGGCGGGGCGGGGGGAGCGGGCGGAGCGGGCGGCGGCGGCGCUCCCCGCUCGGCUCUGCCUCGGCGCCGCCGCGAGCCAUGAGGAAAUUUAACAUCAGGAAGGUGCUGGACGGCCUGACGGCGGUCUCGUCCGCCGCCUCGGCGUCGUCCGCUGCGCAGCAGCAGCAGGCGGGCAACCGGGAGAGCGAGAUCCAGGAGACGCUCCAGUCCGAGCACUUCCAGCUCUGCAAGACUGUGCGCCAUGGUUUCCCCUAUCAACCUUCAGCCCUGGCAUUUGAUCCUGUUCAGAAAAUACUGGCCAUCGGGACUCAGACUGGAGCAUUAAGGCUCUUUGGUCGGCCAGGAGUGGAAUGUUACUGCCAGCAUGACAGUGGAGCUGCAGUAAUCCAGCUUCAGUUUCUGAUUAACGAGGGAGCUCUUGUGAGUGCCUUGGCUGAUGAUACCUUACACCUGUGGAACUUACGUCAGAAGAGACCUGCUAUAAUUCAUUCGCUCAAGUUUAACCGAGAACGGAUAACAUUUUGUCAUCUACCUUUCCAAAGUAAAUGGCUAUAUGUGGGUACCGAAAGAGGAAACAUUCACAUUGUCAACGUGGAAUCAUUUACUCUCUCAGGCUAUGUCAUCAUGUGGAAUAAAGCCAUUGAACUGUCAUCUAAAUCUCACCCAGGACCUAUUGUUCACAUCAGCGACAAUCCAAUGGAUGAAGGAAAGCUCCUGAUUGGCUUUGAGUCUGGAACAGUGGUAUUGUGGGAUCUGAAGUCAAAGAAGGCAGAUUACAGAUACUCACACGAUGAGGCUAUCCAUUCUGUGGCUUGGCAUCAUGAAGGAAAACAAUUUAUUUGUAGUCAUUCAGAUGGUACCUUGACCAUAUGGAAUGUAAAAUCUCCUACCAGACCGUUCCAGACAAUCACUCCACAUGGAAAGCAGCUGAAGGAUGGAAAGAAACCAGAACCCUGCAAACCUAUCCUUAAAGUGGAAUAUAAAACAACUAGAGCUGGGGAGCCUUUCAUCAUUCUCUCAGGAGGCUUGUCAUAUGACACUGUAGGAAGAAGACCCUGUUUAACAGUUAUGCAUGGGAAAAGUACUGCUGUGCUAGAAAUGGAUUAUUCUAUUGUUGAUUUUCUAACACUUUGUGAAACACCGUAUCCUAACGACUUUCAGGAACCAUAUGCUGUAGUUGUUCUGUUAGAAAAGGACUUAGUGCUGAUUGACCUUGCACAAAAUGGGUACCCUAUAUUUGAGAAUCCUUAUCCUUUGACAAUACAUGAGUCUCCAGUUACCUGUUGUGAAUAUUUUGCUGAUUGUCCUGUGGACCUCAUACCUGCACUCUAUUCAGUUGGCGCUCGACAGAAACGUCAAGGUUACAGUAAGAAGGAAUGGCCUAUCAGUGGAGGCAACUGGGGUAUGAUUACUCAAAGCUAUCCAGAGAUAAUAAUUACAGGGCAUGCUGAUGGGUCAAUCAAGUUUUGGGAUGCCUCAGCAAUAACGCUGCAAGUACUCUAUAAGCUCAAAACAGCUAAAGUAUUUGAAAAAUCACGGAAUAAGGAUGACAGGCCAAACACGGAUAUAGUAGAUGAAGAUCCGUAUGCUAUUCAGAUCAUCUCAUGGUGUCCAGAAAGUAGAAUGCUGUGCAUAGCUGGAGUUUCUGCACAUGUCAUUAUUUACAGGUUCAGCAAGCAGGAAGUGACAACAGAAGUCAUUCCGAUGCUGGAAGUACGUCUGUUGUAUGAAAUAAAUGAUAUUGAAUCUCCAGAUGGUGAGCAGGUGCCACCUUUACCAACUCCUGGCACAGGUUCCAAUCCUCAAUCCAUUGUUCCCCAGUCUCAUCCAUCAACUAGUAGUAGUUCAUCUGAUGGACUUCGUGAUAAUGUCCCAUGUUUAAAAGUUAAAAAUUCUCCUCUUAAGCAGUCUCCAGGUUACCAAAUUGAGCUAGUUAUCCAACUAGUGUGGGUGAGUGGAGAACCUCCUCAGCAGAUAACCAGCUUAGCAGUCAAUUCAGCAUACGGCCUAGUAGUUUUUGGAAACUGUAAUGGUAUUGCCAUGGUUGAUUACCUGCAGAAGACAGUGCUCUUGAAUCUUGGCACUAUUGAACUGUAUGGCUCCAAUGAUCCUUAUCGUAGGGAGCCACGAUCUCCCCGAAAAACUCGGCAGCCAUCUGGGGCAGGUCUUUGUGAUAUUAAUGAAGGUACAAUGGUGCCAGAAGAUCGCUGCAAAUCACCUACUUCAGGUUCUGGUUCACCAAAUUCUGAUGAUGAUCAAAAAAUGAAUAAUUUUAUAGAAAAGGUGAAGACCAAAAGCAGAAAGUUUUCCAGGAUGGUAGCCAAUGACAUAGCAAAGAUGUCCAGGAAGCUAAGUUUGCCAACUGAGUUAAAGCCUGAUUUAGAUGUCAAAGACAAUUCUUUCAGUCGAUCCAGGAGUUCUAGUGUAACUAGCAUUGAUAAAGAGUCACGCGAGGCAAUUUCAGCUCUUCAUUUUUGUGAGACUUUCACAAGAAAAGCUGAUACGUCACCUUCCCCGUGCCUGUGGGUUGGGACCACCCUGGGUACAGUGCUUGUCAUUGUACUGAACCUACCCCCAGGAGGAGAGCAAAGACUUCUUCAGCCAGUAAUUGUUUCUCCUAGUGGAACCAUCCUGAGGCUAAAAGGGGCAAUCUUGAGAAUGGCUUUUCUGGAUACCACAGGAUCCUUAGUCUCACCAGCACAUGAACCCUGGAGAGAACACAAUGUUCCUGAAGAUAAAGAUGAAAAAGAUAAAUUGAAAAAGCGACGACCUGUUUCAGUGUCCCCCUCUUCCUCUCAGGAAAUCAGUGAAAACCAAUAUGCAGUGAUAUGUUCUGAAAAGCAAGCAAAAGUUAUCUCACUGCCAUCCCAGAACUGUAUUUAUAAGCAAAACAUAACAGAGACUUCUUUUGUUCUUCGUGGAGACAUAGUGUCAUUGAGUAACAGUAUCUGCCUUGCAUGUUUCUGUGCCAAUGGACAUAUUAUGACUUUUAGUUUGCCAAGUUUAAGGCCACUGUUGGAUGUGUAUUACCUGCCACUCACCAACAUGCGAAUAGCCAGGACAUUCUGCUUCACCAAUAAUGGACAAGCACUCUAUCUUGUCUCACCAACUGAAAUACAGAGGCUCACCUACAGUCAAGAAACAUGUGAAAAUCUCCAGGAAAUGUUGGGUGAGCUCUUCACUCCUGUAGAAACACCAGAAGCACCAAAUAGGGGUUUCUUUAAAGGCCUGUUCGGAGGUGGGGCACAGUCACUUGACAGAGAAGAACUGUUUGGAGAAUCAGCUUCUGGAAAGGCAUCAAGAAGUCUUGCCCAGCAUAUUCCAGGGCCUGGGGGUAUUGAAGGUGUCAAAGGAGCAGCAUCUGGUGUAGUUGGUGAACUAGCACGAGCCCGGUUGGCACUAGAUGAACGAGGACAGAAACUAGGAGAACUGGAAGAAAAAACUGCAGCUAUGCUUUACAGUGCCGAUUCUUUCUCUAAACAUGCUCAUGAGAUGAUGUUGAAGUACAAAGACAAGAAGUGGUACCAAUUCUGAUGAUGCUCAUCAAUUACACCUGUUUAAUUUUGUCCUGAUGAGAAAAAAUCUUGUUUUUCAUUAAUUUUGGCAGGAACAUUGAAAUUUAAAAAAGUAUUCAACAUUGGAUACUGUUGUUUCCUAGCACAAAUCACACACUGUUUUACCUCAGUCGUGGCUUUAACUGAGGAGCUUUAUAGAAACAUAAAAAGAAAGAAACCUGGAGUGUUUCUUAGCUGUUGGUUAGCUGAGAGUUGGAGAACAGAGCAGGUAACUGGAAUAUGUGGAAAAGGGAUAAAGGAAGUAGUGUGAUGGGCAGGGGCAAUGCAGGGUCAAUCCUGUGUUAGUAUUUCAUAUGCCAAAAGUUUUUGUGCUGUUGUACUUGCUGCCAGUGUUAUACCCUCCUGUGAGGAGAGGCAAUAAAUCAGGGGUCCAAGAGCUGGAAUAAAGUUGUUUGUCUUGCUGGACAGUAGCUGACUUACACUUACCCUCUCUAGGACUCACUAUAUUUACCAUUAUUGUUGAAGAAGAGUGGAAGCUUGCUGUCAUUUCUUUCGUCAGAAAAGCUGGAAGCUUGGAAAAUUUCAUGUUGAAAAUUGUAUACAUAGUUGACCUGUGCAUAGUCUUUUCUUGGACCCCGAUCUAGUAUUCUUGUAUUCACAUCAUAUUCUGUGAAGUGCAAAACAAGAGAAUACACAAUUUUUGCAUUAAAAGAAGUCAAGUGAAUAAUAUGACUGGAAUGUGUCAUGCUGGGAGUUUUCAUUUGUGUUAUGGAUGUGCAAUGUGAAAUGUGGUAACAUCUUCAUUGUGGUAAGAAUACUUCAACUUCUGUUUAGUUAAAUAUUCCUUUUUGCCAAAAACAGUUACUGGUUUAGUUUAUAUAACAUUUAGAACUGGCUGUGGGUUCCAUUCAUGCUGUGAAUUUUUAUAAAAGUUUAACAGAAUGUAUCUUUACAGCCACUAAUUAAAAUAGCUGAGAUAGUUUCACUUAAAACUUACGUUCUAGAUGCCCCUUUAGUCCUUUACUAUGAAAUCAGAUAAUCUCGUACUCAGGUUUUCAAACAGUUUUACACUCCAUGGAGGUGCUGAUGCAUGAAUAAUGGCAAGCAUCUAAUAUUUAAUAAUUGUCAGGGUAUUGUUCAGCAAAUUUUUAAACCCUGCUAGUAGAGCUAUUUUACAAGUACCUAUCUCAGCCCCAAGAAGUAUUAAAGGCAGCUUGUCUAAAGUUCAGAUUUAGUCUCUAAAGCAGUGUUUUCAAUAUCGUGGGCAAUGUUAAGUGUCCACUAAAACUUGGUGAAAUGAUAUUCAAGUUGGGUAAGGUAAAUAAGGCUGACCUUACUUGCUACUGGCUGCUGUGCUAAAGCUGUAAUAGUGAGGAUGACCACAGGUCUUUUAAAAUAAAUGUUUGCAUUUCAAAAAUGAAUUUGGCCUUUGUUUUCCUCAAAAAGGCAGGAAUAGUUACUGUCUGGUUUUGCUUUAUAAAAGGGAAUACUUAGAAGCUGAUAGGUGAUGUCUUGCAAUAUUGUCAGAAAUUAAUUACUUGGGUCUGCUUGUCCAAGCACUGCAUUCUGUGUGUUUUUUUUCACACGCUUUCCAAAUGUUCUGAAGCAAAAACCUGGGUUGUAUCUGUAUUGUGAAGUGAUGUUACAGGUACAUAGAUAUGUGAACCUUACAAUACAUAUAAAAAGAUGCCAAAUACUAAAGUUAGUGAUGGUUCUUAAUUCUUUUUUUUUAAUUUGUCACUCGUCCCAGUAAAUGUGCUUGGGAUUUGUAGCACAAAUCGAUAAGUUUUCUGAUUGUAUUUAUAGUUACAUUUAAAGACAAGUAAUUUUUUGUUGCCAGUAUGAAGGCAUACCAUGCUGUGUCAGCUAUAUGAACAUCACAAUUUGAACAUGUGGCACUGUUUUCUUGAUGUCUCUGUACCAUAUCUAUUGAGGCAACGUUAACUCAGCUUUCCACACAUUUUGUCUCUGCCUAUUAAUCUAUUUUUUUAGUGUCUAACUAAUGCAUAUUUAAAUUGAUACCAUUUUGUUUAAAGUCCAGGUAGAAGAGAACUAGAUAAACUCUGGUCAUACCAUUUACAAAAAUAUAACACCCUACCUGAUAUUUGUGCCGGUCCUUUUCUCACAUUCAUAAAUAAUAUUAUGUAACUUGUUGAAGAUGAACUGUAUUUCAGAACAACAGAAUCAUCCUGGAAAAUUAGUCUGGUUAGUCUCUGGGAGAGAGGAUGGCAAAAAUACUCUUCAGCAAAUUGUGGUAUCAGUUCAAUGGAAGAUGACCUUGGCUUGAAAGAAAAGCAUAUUAAACUUUUUUCCCAUUGGGAAACAUUUGAUGACCACCAGCAAGCAAAAAAUGAGGCAAUGAGAGACCACAUGCCCAGUAUAAGUAGAGCAGUGGUUUAUUUGGUAUUAUAGAAUGUAUCAUAGUUGAUUCUUUUGUUGCACAUGUUCAGAGCAUGUUUCUAGAUUUGAAAACCAAUGGAAUGAUUGCUCAGAGGAUGAAUAUGAAAAAUGGUUCUUGGUCAAUAACAGGGGCUAUGUACAAUCUCAGUGUAAGAUGUUCCUUAUUCCUUCUCUGUGGAAGGAAGUUGAUCAUAUACAUGUAUCUUCUGCUAUUUGUGGUGCACCUUUUGUACAGCAAACUACAUUGAAAUUUCCGGGGGGAAACACCCCUGUGGUUUUUUUGUUGUUUUUUUUUUUUUUUUUGCUAGCAUUUUAGUUGUGUGAAACUUUUUUAGAGUGUCUUGAAAAAUUAUAAAAUACAAUUGAGCUAUUACUUUUUUAUUUUUUUGAUGGAAGUGUAAGAAACUGCUGCUACCUAUCUGUUUAUAUGUAGUGUGUCUCAUUAGGAACUGUAAACUGAAGAAGCUUUUCUUCACCUUAGUCCUGCCAAAUUGUAACUUCUGAAUGUUGAUAUGUGUAAAUAUGCGUGUAUUCCAAAUAAGUCUGAAAGUGUUACACCACAGGCAUCUCCAGUGAUUUGUUCUUUGGCAAAAAAAGUUAUAAAAUAUAGUAAUAUAUAGCUGUGUUCUUUGUCUGUCUUUAUACAAAGAUUUUUGCCUGAGGUGGUACUUACACGGCAGGUGAUGUUAGAAAGCUACAUCCAAAGGAGGAUUUUUGGAAGCAAGUUCUUUUCCUUUUUUUCCUUUUGUUUCCUUUCCUUUUUUUUUUCCUUAAUUAAUAGCACUGAUCCUACCUGAACUUUUAAACUUGAAUUUUUCCUGCACUUUAAUUCAAUCAUGAUACUUUAUUCCUUAAUUUUGUUUGGACAUUUGUGCAGUUCAGGUUCAUUAUUUGUAUAUAAGCACACACAUUCAGUGAAGAGUUUAGAGCAGGUUACUUUGGGGCGCAUUUGCUAAUUAUGUGACUAUAAUUCAGAAUGUGUGUUUUCUUAGCAAAAUAUGUAUAUACAAGUAUAUACAAUGUAGAAUCUAAUGAAAGGCACUUAUCCUGUGUCAGCAUUCAGUUUAUAAAUUACUGCAACACUUUCAGAUUUGUUACUAGAUAAUACAAUAAACUCUGUUAUAUUUAUACAUACAGCUUAAGAAUAUACUUUUAAUUUUAAGUAAUUUUUAUAUGUACACUUCUACCUUUAAUUUUAAAGACUUACGUUCAAUUUUUAAGUCAAAGUACUUAAAGUAUGUAUAUUAUCCAUAGAAGAAGUUGUUUUAAGCUUAUGAAUACAUUCAUAUCUCAUAUCGAGAUGAUACAAUUACUAAGCAAUGAAAACAAACAGCCCAUUUUGCUUUGCAGAAAAUAAUUAUUCUUACUUUUACCUCCCAUUUUGAACAGUCUUUAAAAAAAAAUUCCCUAAGUAUGAAGAGGGAAGAUAACGCAUUCAGAAAACAAACAUAACGUAGAAAUUCUCUCAAUAGCUGCAGUCAGUGGCUGACUUGCUUUCUAUGAUUUUUUUUAAGUACUCAUAUAAAAGAAUUUUCAGCUAUAUUCCUUGGACUCUUGAAAUUCCCGAAAAUUGAAAUGAGGUUUGUCCAAUAAAGAUUUUCUUUGACUAAUGUACAAGUCUUCAUUAUACAUCAGCUCUUUACAUGUAAACCAUUUUUUUGUAUACCAAAUGUGUGUCGAAAAACUUAUAGCCUGUGACUGAAGAAGUACCCUCCUCCCCUUUCUCAUCAUGGUUUCACAUAACUGGUGGAUACUGAUAGUGGCUGAAGUUCUGCAUGUGGUGGGGAAAGUGUGCAAGGACUUGCCUCCCUCUACAAGUUGCAAGGUAACUUGUCAGUGGAACUCUUCUUCUUUCUGGCAUAUUUCUUGGAUGUAAUUCUUUCUGGGUAGAUGUUGAUAACUGUGCUACUACAAUGAAAUCUUCACUUUGUAGACAGAAAUGAGUGAUGUUUGAGGGGAGGAAGAGAAUCAACAAAUGCGUGGUGUAGGAGAAUCAGGUGUACUGGUUUUAUUUCAGUUUUCAUUGAAAAGCUAAUUUAAGCUGGGCCAGUUUCUUUCUCUAUGUAUGUUAUAAAAAUGUGCUGUUGUCUAUUUUAUUCCUGUUCCAAGCCAGAUGAGUAUACUGUGUUUCUGGGUUCUCUUAUUUUUUUUAUAAAGUUCAGGCUAAAAGAUGUGGGUGUUGGUAAAGAAGAAACAAGAUAAAAACAUAGAACAGUCAAAUGAAAGCUGUCAAUUGGCAUUCCUUUUAGUUUUUCAUGGAAAGCACCUCAAAAUGUUUGUCAUACAGCCGUAGGUUUCUUUGACACUUGCAUUUGUUUUUAUUAGUACCUAAGUUACAUAUUACAGGCAAAUAAUAACUAGAAGUUAAGCUGUUUCAGUUGAAGACAUGUAAGGAGUUGUAUGUGGUUUACUACUACUAUUCAGUGAUGCAAAGACAGUGGGGUGGGAACAUGUUUUAAAUAUUCCCUUUUAAAAAAGAACUGUAAAUAAGCAGUAAUAUGUUAUUUUAGACCUGAGCUCUGCUAUCUGUAGUGGUUAGAACUAGGAAAACAUGCUGCUUUCUAGUUAUGCUACUGUUUCAUUGUACCAGCACCAUGGGCCGGGGGGGAAAUCAGUAAAUUUUUCUAACAUUGCCCACUUGUGGGUAAGCAUGCUUGAUGUGUAGCAGUUCUCGUUUAUGUAUAACUUAGUGUGUACAUGUGUGUUUUUUCUUUUUGUUCAUUGCAACUUAUUUUCAGUUAAGUCUUGCUGAGCCCCACUAGCUCUUCUGAGGGUGAUUACUGGAAUAUGCAUUUUAGGUAGGGUUGCAAAUCCAUCUGUCUACAAAUAUAGUUUCAUAUGAACUGCAAACUGUACUGUUACAAACAACUAUGUUAGAUUGCAUAGAGUUAUUUUACUUACAUGUACUUGAACUGAACUAUGUCAUCAUAACAAAGUUAAAAAAAAAAAUAAGUAUGGAAUAUUUUUGUAAAUAAAAAUACCUGUGCAGCUGGUAUUUUAAAUUUAAAAUGUAUUAUACAUUAAUGUUUCAGAAAAAAAAUGUUCAUAUAUGUGUAUAUGAAUGUGUCAUUAUGCUGAAGGGCUCUGAUUGGGCAAAAUAAACUAUUCAAAUCUCUCCUGAA